AUGCAUGAAGGCGGUUGCGGCGGAAACGUCGUUAACGACGUCUCCAGCGUUAAUCCAUCAUCAAACCAAAACCUGAGGACCACUAACCAUUACGGCGACCAAACAAACACUGAGCAAACUGAAGGCUACACAUAUGCUGAGCAAACUGACAACUAUAAUGCAUAUGGCACCCCCGCGGUUGUACCACCCGAUACUUCACCGGAUUCCUAUGGUGGAUCGUACACGAACGGACUGACUGCUGCCGAAACUACGCAAAUGCUGACCUCGAUAAAUGAACACCGCACAACUAACGGGUUGGUAGCACUAACUAUCGAUGAUCGACUAAUGGCUGCUGCUAUGGCCCACUCAGAAGACCAGGCACAGCAUUGCCUAAUGGGACACGAUGGCACGGAUGGCACGAAACCAUGGGACCGAAUGGAUAGAUUAAACUACAAAUGGGUGUCCUCUGCGGAGAAUGUGUGUUCUGGUCAGAAAAGUGUGGCGGAAGCAAUGGAAUCGUGGUGGAAUUCUCCAAAGCACCGUGCAAACAUCCUCAAGAACGACGUGAAGAACGUUGGCUUCGCCGUCGCACACAACGAAGCUUGUGCCUUGUUCACAACCUAUUGGACACAGGUUUUUGGCGAAGAGUAG